UCAAGCAGACAUCAAACGCAUUGGACUUUCUGGACUUGAUUCUGUACACGUGAUACGUCUUCGAGUAACCAGCUGUUUAAUUUUGCGGCCAUCUGUGACAGAAUCAACAUUUGAAUCAGUCUGAUCGGAUCGCGCCCCCCACGCAUUUCAACUAGUGAGAUUGAGCGUAUAGAUAGUAGCAAACAUAGCUGCUAGUUGAUCAAUUGGCAUACGCCUCUCUACAUUAUUGAGGCAGAUAGCAUUGGUAUCAAUAUCAAACUUGGUAAUCACAAUUGAUAGCAAGAUUCAAUUGUAAUUAUUGCUACUGGCAUUCUUAGAUUUUAAUUUUGUUGAUCCUGAAUCUUGACGCUAUAUUUGGACCUUUCCCAUUUAUCACACCAUCAUCCAUAGUUUCGACCAAACGCUGCCAUGGAUGCCAAUGCCGGUAACGGUGUUACACCCCAGAAGCGGGCCGCCAAUAAUGAUAUCAUCGACUUGGAUAGUGACUACGAGGCUAUUGACGAUGGACAGGCCAACGGACGUAGGAAGGAAAACGACAUUGUCGAAAUUUCCAACGAUGAGGAUGAUGAUUUAGAUGGCGACAUCGACUACGACGUAGAUGAGGACGAUGAUGAAAACGACCACAUCGACAGUAUCGCACACAAAGAUAGUGCUGCGAAGAAGAGCAUCAAUGGCAUUCCACCUGCUGACGAUUUUGCAGCCAAUGCUGCUCGCUUAAUGAAGCCUAUUGUCGAUUAUCCGGUCAAAGACGAAGCUCAUUACGUGUGGGAGAUCAAGGACUGGCACGGGUUAAAGGAAGAGAAGGUGAGGUCUCCUCGAUUCAAAUGUGGAGACUUUGAGUGGAACAUCUUGUUGUUUCCCAGAGGCAACGGCAGAGACAACGCCAUAUCCAUUUAUAUGGAACCACACCCUAUUCCUGACGAAAAUGGUGCUAUCAGUGAUGACUGGUAUGUAUGUGCCCAGUUUGGACUCGACAUCUGGAACCCAGUCUAUCCUCAUAGUCACAUUCCCAGUGGUUCUAGUCAUAGAUUCAACAAGAACGAGACAGAUUGGGGUUUUUCGUCAUUGAUAGACGGGAAACAGUUGACUUCAGCAAACAAUAGCAGAAUCGGCAACCAGCCCCAUGCCAUUUUGGAAAACAACCAAUUGAAUAUCACCGGAUACGUGAAAAUCAUUGAUGAUUCGUCAACGGGAGUGUUGUGGCACUCUUUUAUAGAUUACGACUCGAAGAAAUCGUCAGGUUUUGUAGGUUUGAACAACCAGGGAGCUACGUGCUAUUUGAAUUCGUUGUUGCAGAGUUACUUCACAACUCUCAACUUCAGGAAACUCGUGUACCAGAUCCCCACAAAUACCGCCUCGAACUCCAAGCAGUCCGUGGCACUAUCAUUGCAGAGGAUUUUCUAUUUGCUACUGUCUUCAAAGGAGCCCGUAGGUACCUUGGAAUUGACUAAGUCGUUUGGAUGGGACUCUUCUGAUGCUUUUACCCAGCAUGAUGUUCAGGAGUUGAAUCGUAUUUUGAUGGACAAGUUAGAGACAGCCAUGAAGGGUUCCAAGAUUGAAAACUCGUUGAAUGACAUCUUUGUCGGCAAGAUGAAAUCGUAUAUUAAAUGUGUCCAUGUUCCAUACGAGUCCUCAAGAGUCGAGGACUUUUGGGAUAUCCAGUUGAAUGUCAAGGGAUUUGCCAACUUACAACAAUCAUUCAAGAACUAUAUUGAAAUUGAAAUGCUAGAGGGCGAGAACAAGUAUCAAGCAGGCGAUGAAUAUGGUUAUCAGGAUGCAAAGAAGGGAGUCGUUUUCGAAUCCUUCCCUCCAGUUUUGCAUUUGCAAUUGAAAAGAUUCGAAUAUGAUUUCAUGGUGGAUGACUUGGUGAAGAUUGACGAUUUUUAUGAAUUUCCGGACAAGAUAGACUUAAAACCUUACUUGGAUGAAGACUUACCUGAAGAGGUCAGAAACCAGAACUGGAACUAUAAAUUGCAUGGUGUUUUAGUGCAUCAAGGAAGUAUUUCCAAUGGUCAUUAUUAUGCUAUGAUCAAGCCUCAUGCAAAGGGAGAGACUUGGUUACGAUUCGACGACGACAAGGUAUGGAAAGUUACACAUAGCCAAGUAUUCAAGGAGAACUUUGGUGCGAAUGAAGUCACUUCAGAAGAGUUUUCAAAAAUGUCUCGUCUUGAGCAACAGGAAAAUUUGGUAAGAAGAGUAACUUCGGCUUAUAUGUUGGUUUAUUACCGUGAAUCGGAGUUGGAUAGUGUACUUCCGAGCGACGAAGAAAACCUCAACGCUGUAAUUCCUGAACAUAUUCCACGCCAAAUCAAGCAUGAAUCCGAAGAACGUGAAAGGUUGGAGAGAUUGAAGCAAGAAGCUCUAUAUUAUACCAACGUUAAAUUCAUAACCACAUCCACCAUUAACGAGUACACAGGUUUCGAUCUAGCAUUGGAUCCAAGAGUUCCAAAAUUCUAUGACGAGAACCUCCUUGGAACUCCAGCAGAACCAUUGGUCUUCAAGGUGAAGAAGGAUGACCGUUUCCUAUCAUUAAAUCAGUUGGUUGGGAAGCACUUGAAGUACUUUGAGGAGGAUGACGAUGAUGAAGUUCUUGACGAUAAGCAGUUGUUCUUCAGAUUGAUAGCGACAUGCCACAGAAAGAAUAAUACUAAUAGGACUGACACCGAAGUUGCCGAUGAACUCAAGGAUGCCACGAUCAAUUCCGUUUAUUUUAAGGCUUUCAACAGAAAACAUGAUGAAAUGGUCUUUUACGUAGAAGAGUUGAAUAAAGAUAUAAGGAAUAUUGUGCAAUCGGUACCAUCUACUGGUCCUAUUGAUCCAUCUGAGUUCCAAUUUAGUACUGUGUUCAAUAAGUUGAAAGAAGUGGGAACGAAGCAGCUCGACUCUUUCAAAUUCCAUAACAUAUUCGACUACUCGAACCAUAUUUUGAUUUUCGUGAAAUAUUUUGAUCCUAUUUCUCAGGAGCUUAGAGGAUUGAGUCACAUCGUUGUUUCUAAGGUUGAGCCAAUUAGUUCGAUAAUCAAGCCUAUAAACGAAUUAUUGGAUUUUGAUCCCAAUUAUCAAUUAGACAUGUUUGAAGAGUUAUCACCAAGCAAGAUUGAUAAACUUGAUAGAAGUUUGACAUUUGAGAAGCAGGAGUUGAGCAACGGUGAUAUUAUUACAGUUCAGCCUCAUAACUCAAGCGAACUUGCUAGUGGCAAGAAAUUUGAAGAUGUUAGAGAUUACUAUAAAUUUAUUCUCACAAGGAUGCACAUUGUUGUUAAACCAUUCAAGGCCGACAUCGAUGAAGAAGAUAGUGACUUCGUAGCCGACGAAAACGAAGAGUUAAAAAUUUCAGGAGAAGCAGAGGACAUCACCAAAAAUUCUGAUGACGAAAUCACGACAAAGGAAAUAGAGGCUGCUAAGCAAAUUAGCAAAUCUUUCGAAUUGUGGAUUUCUACAAGUUAUUCUUACCAGGACCUUGCUGAGGAAAUUGCUAGAAAAUUAGAAGCAGAUGUCGACCCGCAGUAUUUAAGGAUUUUUGUUCUUAACAAUCAAAUGCAGAGAUACCCAUUAAAGUCAAUCCAUCAGUUAUCCCUGUUCUUUCCGAAGACAGUUCCUAUUAACCAAGUUGUUACAUUUGAAUAUGAAAUUUUAAAUAUUAAGUUGAAGGACUACGAGAACUUGAAAUCAGUUAAAAUUCAUUGGUUGAGCAGCCUUUUGCAAUAUCAGGUCUUUGAAUUGUUAGUACCUAGAAACGGCUUAGUCUUGGACUUGAUCAAUAAGUUAUUGCACAAGGUAAAUGUUCCUAAGAAAGAUUUAAAGCACAUAUUGCUUUGGGCUGGAAGUAACCACAGCUAUCAGGCAUUGAUCAGAUUUGACAAUCCAAUUGAGCAACUACAGGAUGGAAUUGACUUGUAUGCUGGUAUUUUCCCUGCAGAAGUCGAGAUCUUGACUAACCACGAUAUGUUUAAACGAUUCGUGAACGAUCCUGUUGACUUGAACGAGUUUGAUAACGAGUUCCUUAAGGAAGAGUAUCAACUUUCCAAGGAGUUAAGCAAAGAUAUGAACAUGAUUCCUGCGUUCCACUUCUACAAGAGCAUUGGUUAUCAUCAUGGUAUUCCGUUCAUCUUAGCUAUCUAUCCAAAAGAGAAAUUCUCCCAGACAAAGGAGAGAUUAAGGAGGAAAUUGGGUUUAGGAAUCCAAGCUUUUGAAAAGAUAAGAUUUUCUUUGUCUGAUAGCCACGACAAAGGAGCUUAUAUUGACAACGAGGAUGAUGACUUUAUUUUAUUUGACGAGAUUGGAAAGGCACACACUUCUAUCUCAUUUGGAUUGGACCACCCCGAUCGGUCACCACGUCGUCAAGGUCAAUCCGACAAAGGGAUUUCAAUUAACUGAGAAAUCCACAAUUGCACACAAGGCUAUUCAUGGCGUUCAGCGUCGUUGUUCUACAUUUGCUAUAUAGCUAGAGCUUUAUCAUUCUUUCAUUGUUUGUCUUUUUCAAUAGCAAUAUAUGUUAUAGUACAUG